ACACUUCAAUAAACGAAAUCAAUUAUGUCCUACGAAACAAUAACCCGCAAUUGGCUCUUUUAUCAGCAACUGUACCAGACUUCAUUAGAGCUGCUGGGGUUGUUGCAACUAGAUCACAUGGCGCAAAAACUGCAUUAAGCAUCAUGUCUGAUCAAGUUGUUUCAAUGAAAAUCGUCGCCGCUGAUGGCAAAGCGUAUGAAUUCAGCUUAUUUGGUAUAAUUUAUUCUAUGACCUUCUGCACGGAGCCAAUGUUUAAUCUUCAUAUGAUAGAUACUCUUCCGUUAGCCAAAGAUUUCUUUGUUCCAUCUGUAGUGAAGCAGUUGUUUGAAUCUUCGGACAGUCUUCAAAUCUUUUAUUGGCCUUUCAAUUCAUUUGACGAGCAACUUAAUUCGACAAAGGAUAAAAUAUGGGUAAAACAAUGGGUGCGAACUGACGAAAAACCAACUUUGUCCCCAGAAGAAUUUGCUGCCAUAAAUGUUCUUGAAGAUAAUUUUAGUUUGCUAGCGAACAUUGCAUACAAGAUCAUGUUUUUAAAUGCAGAAAAUACUCCUGCAAUUACUUCAAUGCUCUGGAAUGAGGGGCCCGGAUCAUUUUCGAGCAACAAUAUACUUCAGGCUCCAGACUCUAUCCACUUUAUGUCCUCCCUAACUAAAAAUCUCCCAAUGAAUUUAUUUGGAUCGACUCGUGCUUUACUCGCACCUAACUUCGACCCAGAUCCAAAUGCCAUCUAUUGCUUCAUUGAAAUGGCUUCUUACCAUUUUACUCCUGAUUUUCAAACUUUUGUUUCACCGUUUGAACAGAAAUGGAUUCAAAAUUAUAAUGUGAAACUCCAUUGGGCCAAAGAAUGGGAAUACGUGCCUAAUAUAAAAUCAUAUCUUUACCAAGCUUACAAAGAGCAAAUCGUUACCUUUGAGAAAAUACGUGAAAAAUAUGAUCUGAACAAGUUGUUUUUCGAUAAUGAGUCAUUUGCAAGAAAUUUUCGAUGGUGCUAA